AUGCACAAUCCCUCCGCAUCUCAUUCAUCCCAGCUCAAGAAACUGCUACGGUAUAUCAAAGGAACAUGUGGACUCGGUUUGCCAAUUGUUCGUUCGAAUCUCCUGCUUCGUACAUUUUCUGAUGAAGACUGGGCAUCAGAUCCUAUGUCCAGAAAAUCAACUUCCGGAUUUUGUAUGUUUCUCGGUGAUACUCUUGUAUCCUGGACUGUGAAAAAGAAAACUACAGUUUCAAGAUCCUCCACCGAAUCGGAAUAUCGGGCAUUAGCCUCGGCAACGGCAGACACCAUUUGGAUUCGGCGGCUUCUAGCUGACUUCGGCAUCAAGCAUGAUCCACCGGUGGAUAUCUUUUGUGACAACAUGUCUACGAUUGCCUUGGCAAAUAACCCUGUAUUUCAUGCUCGCACUAAGCACAUUGAAUAG